AUGGGAGACCCAUCUGAGCCCAAGGAACUACCCGAACGCGUUUUGAAGAGAGAUCUCUUCGAAUUUGGCCGACGACGCAGGACCGAUGGGCCUUAUGCGGAUAACCUUGACAUUGAUGUAUUGAUUGUUGGCGCAGGGUUCGGAGGCACGUAUCUCCUUUAUGAGAUGCGUAAGGCGGGCUUCAAAACCGUUCUGUAUGAAGCAGGUACCUCGUUUGGAGGCACGUGGCGAUGGAACGUAUAUCCAGGCGCCCGGGUUGAUUCCGAGGUUCCCAUCUAUCAGCUUGCCAUUCCAGAAGUAUACAAGACUUGGACCUGGACGACCAACUAUCCGGACUACCACGAGCUUCAAGCCUAUUUUGACCAUGUGGAUAAGGUCUGCGAACUCAGCAAAGACUGCGCGUUCGAAAGUGUGGUCACCAGUGCCGAGUUUGACACAAACUCUGGGAAAUGGAACAUCAAAACCGCUGAUGGCCGCAAUGCCAAAUGCAGAUUCUUGAUCAUUGCCGCCGGGUUUGCAGCCAAGAGAUACAUCCCGGACUAUCCCAGCAUGGAAAAAUUCAAGGGAAUUAUGCACCACUCUUCAUUCUGGCCCCCGGAGGGCGUUGAUGCUCGUGGUAAGAAAGUUGCCGUUAUUGGCACUGGUGCCUCCGGGGUGCAGAUUAUCCAAGAAUGGGGACCUCAAGUUGAGAGCUUGACCGUCUUCCAGAGGACACCCAACCUCGCAUUGCCCAUGGGUAAACGCGACCUGACCAAGGAGGAGCAAGAACGACUGUAUCCCGUAUACGGCGAGCUCCUUCGCAUGCGGGAGAAGCACUUUGCGGGUUUCACCUAUGAGUUCGAGGAGCGUAACACCUUUGAAGACACCCCUGAGGAGCGUGAAGCCGUCUACGAACGCCUGUGGAAGAAGGCGGGCUUCGGUCUCUGGCUGGGUUCCCACAAAGACUUCCUCUUUGACAUGAAGGCAAACCGCUGCGUCUACGACUUCUGGCGCAAGAAGCAGGAGAAGCGCAUCAAGAACCCCGAGAAGCGUGCUCUACUCUGCCCUGUGGAGCCUCCGCAUCCCUUCGGCGUCAAGCGACCAUGUCUCGAACAGAAUUACUACGAAGUCCUGGACAGCGACAAUGUGAAUAUUGUAGACAUCUCGGAAAAGUCCGGUGUCAAGAUUCAAGAGUUUACCGAGACCGGUAUCAAGACCAGCGACGGCAAAGUCCACGAGUUCGACAUCGUUGCCCUGGCGACGGGCUUUGAUAUCACCACGGGUGGAAUGACAAAUAUGGGAUUGAAGUCCAUCAACGGCACCACCUUGCACGAUGAAUGGAAGGAGGCAGCCUACACUUAUUUGGGAACCACGAUCUCGGGAUACCCGAACAUGUUCCAUCUCUACGGUCCUCACGGCCCGACCCUCCUCGCCAACGGCCCCUCAGCCGUGGAAGUCCAAGGCCGCUGGAUCCGCGACGCCAUAAGAGACAUUGAUCACCAGGGCAUUAAAUACAUCAACGCAACCCAAGAAGCGAGCCAGAAGUGGAAGGAUCACAUCAACGACCUGAGUAAUAUAACCUUGCUACCAACCACAAGGAGCACAUACAUGGGCGGCAGUGUUCCAGGAAAGGCGUUCGAACAGGUCAACUAUGCGGGCGGCAUCCCAGAAUACGUCAAGGAGAUCCGGGCCGUGUUGCCCAACUUCACGGGCUUCCAUGUCGUCAAGGCCUAA